CGCAACAAUGAUGGCCGGCCUUGACGAGACUAUCAUCCGGAUGGCUGUCACUCAUGUCAACGCUGAGAAGAGGAGAGCUGGCUAGAACGUGAAAGCACAUAUUCGCGUACCCGGUUUCGAUGGUAGCGCCUAGCCUACUGGUGAGUGAAAGCCGUUAUAAUACUGUCUUCCCUAACAAUGGAGGCACGAAGUCUGUGCACUAUGCGCUUUCUAGCAGUUAUAAAAGAUUCUCUCAACUACGUAGUUACAGAGAGCAUAUCACCCACUACAAGAUCCGAUUCUCACUACACCCACAACCAAUCCCAACUCCACCAACAUCGUUAGCAACCAUGCCUGUCUUCACCAGCAAAGCAACCUUCUUCGCCGAGGGCGUCGAGUCCUGUCUCGAACUCGAUGAAAAGCACGACUGUCCCAUCUGCAUUGAACAACUUGACGAAACUUCGCCUGGGCCCACUCAAUCUGCCAACGUUUAUACAUCAUACAGAUAUACCAGUGUGAUGAGCGUACCCCUUGGACAGCAUAGCGUUGUAGUCAACGUUGCUACCACAACAAGCGAGACCGACCUCCAAGCCGAACAACACGACGACCAUACCCCCAUCAUGAUGAUCUGUUGCUGUAACUGCGUCUUUGGUCGCCAUUGUCUAGAAGUUUGGCUGAAGAGUGGGAAUAGCUGUCCAAAUUGUCGCGCAGAGCUCUUUCCUAUGAACGCAUCAAUGGACAGGCUGGUUAACAGGAUUCAAGAGGCUUUCACGGCCGCUGUUCUUAGUAUGGCUCGUCGGCAUAUGGAUGAGGUGGUGCAUCAGGACAUCUCCGAGCAUGAUGAGGAUGAGUCAUUGGACGACGGACUUCAUCCCAUCGAGGUCACGGGUGCGAUAGUACGUGAUGAUGAAAAUAUGGAAAGCCGUGCGGGAAUGACUAUAGAAGAUUAUCAGGACGAAACGCUUCGACAGCAGCGGAUAGAGCAAGCACAGUUAGAGGCUCAGUAUGACAUGGCUCGACGCUAUGAGGCGAGAGCAGAGCAAGCGCAUGAGUCGCUCCGAGCUGAAGUCGAGUUUUUCUAUCGACUUCGCCCGGAUUUGUCCCUCCCAGGAGGUGUGGGACAAUCAAUUGAGUCGCUUGAAACCAACCUGGAGCACAUUGGUCGGCUUUACCCAGAAUUCUUCCCACACCACGGUGAAGACCUGAAUCAGGCUGAGGAUGAGGAUUCGAGUGAGGCUGAGCUGGCAAGAAAUUAUGAACUAGCUGAGUCGCUUCGACUUGAGCUUGAAGACGUUUGUCGGCCGCUUCGAUCUGACCUUGAACACUUACGUCGGCUUCACCCAGAUCUCUUUCUGCCGAACGGUGAAGAUCUGAAUCAGACUGAAAACGAAGGCUCGAGUAGGGUUGAAGUCGAAGAUCCAUUUGAGGGCAUAUCGGAUCUGUUUCAGCCUGAAGAUGAACGUUCGAGUCGACCUAGGGUCGAAGACUUCUUUGAGGACAUAUGGACUGAGUAGUUAUGGUCUGCUCUGAGCCCAGAGGGUGACGAUGCUUUCAAUUAGUCAUUUCGUUCAGGGGAAGGUAGCUGAGGUCGGGUAGUUCUGAGGCGCACCGUGAGUGGAACAAGUCUGUUGAGGAUAGCAACAGGGAUUUCGAUGAUCCUCAAAGGUCUCGUCUUAUGGGCAACAUAUCUGAAAUGAGUACAG